CCAUCCGAUACGUGCAUAAUGGACUCACAGUGGCUCACUCGCCCCAUGUGAUGCUGAGUGAGUGAGUGUUGAAGUUAGUACUUCCUACCACCCGUAACAUUGCACCGCAUUUGCCAAUGAAAGUUUGCCGAAGUGGACAGCAUCGUCGCUGCCGGUUGUCAUUACGCCAUUGACUUUGUGUCACCGAAGCGAGCGACCCGCGAGGAUGAACUGCACACAACCCGCCAUCGAUGAUUUUCCCCGGGACCUGUUCACCGAGGAACAGCGGCAGAAUGGGGCAGUAGUGUUACAUGCAAUCGCUAGUUUAUAUUUAUUUGUAGCUUUGGCCGUAGUUUGUGAUAAGUAUUUUGUACCUGCCGUUGAAAAGAUUUGUCAAGCGCUAAACAUGUCCAACGAUGUAGCGGGGGCCACAUUCAUGGCAGCAGCAACCUCCGCUCCCGAGCUGUUCGUCAACGUGAUCGGCACGUUUAUCACCGAGGGUGACAUCGGUGUCGGCACCAUUGUAGGCUCUGCCGUCUUUAAUAUCCUGGCUGUGGCCGCCUGCUGUGGGAUCGGCGCCGGAAUGGUAGUGCCACUGGAUUGGUGGCCGCUGACGAGAGACUGCCUGGCCUACGGUAUCACGGUAGCCAUUUUGAUUUGCAUUAUCCAUGACGAACGCGUUGAGUGGUACGAGGCACUAAUAUUGGUGCUGCUGUACAUCGUAUACAUUGCUGUGAUGUACUAUGACAAAUCGUUUCAAAAGUGUGCCAGAGGUGGUUUGAAGCACGCCCGAAAGCGAAGAUCCCAUGACACCUCCAGCAGCCUGAAGUCAGAAUCCAGCCGUACGCAAGAGGCAAUUGAGGCGCGCACACCGCUGCGCAUUGGACACUUCCAGCAGAACGGAAACUUGAAGAAUGUGGCCCAUAUCGAUGCACCCGCGGAAUUGACGUCACCAGCCACGGCCGGUACCGGGGUGGACGUCGAAAUGCAAAUUAAGCCAUUCGCAUCGAUCGACUUGCGUGUGCCGGAGAGGGCAAUGGUAACCGCAACGACGGAUCUCGAAACGAACAAGACAAGCGCCAGUACAUCCAUUGACCCAUCGUCAGCGGAGCGUGAUGAGAGUGUUCCCGAGCGACCACCGCCACCGCCAAGUCCUGCCACACCGCCGGUACAGGAACCGGACAAGGGUAAUGGUGUAGAUCAGAAGGAAAUGACGGCGGGUGCCUUAUCGCUCAAGGAAUGGAACGGUGAGAAUGGACACGGAACAACGGGACCGGUGGCGGAGGCAGUUGUAAGAGCGCUUGAAAGUGGCACCAGCGUUGGGAGUGAUGGGACCGAUGGUACCGGUGACGGAGCUAAUCCGGAUGGCGCAGGUCCGGCGGAAGAGGAUGAGGACGAGUUUAAGCUUCUGAAAUAUCCGCUCGGCAAGAGUGCGUUCAGGCAAUUCUCCUGGAUCAUCACUUGGCCAAUCCAUCUGUUGUUUAUGUUCACCAUACCGAACUGUGAGACGCCGCGCUUCCGGAAUUGGUUCCCGUUGACAUUCAUCAUGUGCAUCGUGUGGAUCGGAUCGCUUUCGUACGUCGUUGCAUGGAUGAUAACGAUCAUUGGUGAUACGCUCAAGAUACCGGACUCCGUAAUGGGCAUCACGUUUUUGGCUGCGGGAACGAGCGUGCCCGAAGCUGUCUCCAGUGUAAUAGUAGCGAAGCAGGGUCACGGUUCAAUGGGUAUCAGCAACUCCAUCGGUUCGAACACGUUCGAUAUUCUGCUUUGUCUUGGGCUGCCGUGGUUUAUCAAGGCAGCAUUCUCCCCGAUUGAACCAGGCCACCAUUGGGUCGGUAUCAACUCGGCAGGACUGGAGUAUUCGGCCAUCUCACUACUAUCGACGCUGCUGAUGCUGUACAUUGCGUUCUCGCUGAAUAAGUUUAAGCUGGAUCGGCGGGUCGGUAAUGCUUGCCUGAUCAUGUACGCCGUAUUCCUGAUUCUGGCCAGCCUGAUCGAGCUGAACGUGUUCUUCCGCGUAAAUCUGCCGACCUGCGGACGGUGAGCCAGCGUAGACACAAGGGGCGUAGAACGGGUGUGUACGGUUGUUCUAGCGUGGGGUUGUUUUUUUGUUCCUGUCUGCAGAAACAAUCAAAGAAUAGGAAUCGAAUUAGGGCAAAGUAACCUGUGUCAAUCGGAUUCGAGACAGGUUUCGGUAAUGGGGAUACCUUAGCCCUAUCAAUUUUCUCCUCACACGCUGAAAAAGAAAGCGAAACGUGCCUUCGUACAUCGCUCCAAUACGGGGGGCAGCUUUGCAGGGAUAAUUAUUUGCAUGAUUUGAAAGUGUUGGCUGGCGGAAGGAAGAUCUUUUGGAUUGUUUGAACUUUUCUCUGUCACUUUCUUUCUAUAGACGCUAGUAUUUGCUCUCUAGUUUAUACCUUUAAUAUCUCUAUUUUCUUUACUGAUUGCCAAGAAAUGAAAGUUUUUUUUUUGAAAAAUGAAAUGAAAGAACUAAGUAGGAUCAUUACCUAAUACAAACAGGUUUCUACAAAUGACAGCUCCCAUAUCUAUUUAUCAUAUCUUUCAUAUCUUACAUCUAGAUUAUUGCAUCUUAAAGACACAUCUUGAAAAGAUCACUUGAGCAUUCCAUUGUUGUACGACGAAACAACUUAAUCGGAACGUCAAGCCGUCGGUUUGUUGUUAGUUUGUUAAAAGAGUGGUUACCCUCGAAAGGAUGAGUUAAGUAAUCCGGAAUGUUAAACGUAGAAGUUAGACGGAAUUGAAUAGUAAAAAACAAAAAAAAAAACUACUAAAAGAAUUGAUAUUUGUAAAUGUAAGAACAUAAGUAAGCACACGUGCAAAGCAGAUGAUGCGCUAGUGUACCGCGAUACGCAGCUAGACAAAAUUAGUGAAGUUAAACAUUUGACAUUGGAGAAUCGCUACCGAAUCGCGCUACGAUUCGCACGACGAAUUCCGCGGUAUGAAAUUGUUCCGUAGACACAAUCAAUUAACGUGUAUUAAUUUGUGCAGCGACACAUCACACCAGCAAAGCGGUUAGUGUGUGCAACACUAUUUCCCACUGCUUUCCCCCGCAGUAUAAUAACCUGCACCUUCUUUCUGCACCUCAAGAAAAAACAAAACAAAACGAUGGAACAUGUUGGAUGCAAUGUUACUGCACGUGUACCACGUCACGUAGGUGUUAGGCAUGCAAGCUCCUCGAAAACCCCUAACGUUCGUUCAUGGCGGCGGAACGUUGACUGUGCGAUCAACGAGUGACCCUUGUGAGAAGUGCGAUUAAACGUUGAUCUGUUGUAAAUAUUAUACCUCCAUCACCGGAAACGCCUUUCAUGAAAUCUUCCGCCUCGGCUGAAGAUAGGCUCUAUCGAUCCGUCGUUCAUCUUUUCACCAUGUUUAGUAAUUGUACGAUCUCUUCAAAAGAGAUAAAAAAAAAACAAACAAACAAUAUUAAAACCAAUUAACACAGAUUGUGUGUGUUUGAGUGUGUGUGUUUCAAAAACUAGUAGUGAAUUAUGAUUAUACAGAAAUACAUGUUACGUUCCUAAGAUA